AUGAAAGCACGAAAGUUGGUGAACAUCUCGCAUGUAGGGAAAAGAAACUUUGGGAGUUCUUAUUUGAAUAAGAAGUUGAAAACGAUAAAUGAUCGUGCACUCAAGUAUCAUGAAGAUUAUAUGAGAUCGUUAGAUAUACUGGAGGGGAAGAAUAGAAGUGUAAUGAAAGAAAUUUUCCCGAACAAGAAAAGCGAAAUAAAUGAUUUGUUUUUUCAAAGAUGUGACAAUUCGGAUGAAAAUAAGGAACAAUGUAUAAUGGAAAAUUUAAAAGACGAUGAAGAUUUAUUAGAUACCUACUUUUCAACAAAAUGUAAAUAUGAGCAUGAAAUGAAAAGUAUGACAUUAGACCAAUUUGGGAAUAUCAAAAUAAUACAUAAUGAUAUAUUCGAAGAAGAAGCGGAUUGUAUGCUCAUCCCAAUGGUUUCAAAUUUUAUACCCUUAAGUGGAUUUGGGGCAUAUAUAUUACACAAAGGUGGGAGAGAAUUAGUAAAAGAAAUAUUCAUCUCUAUAAAGACGUUAAUUAAAAAACGAAUGGAUAUAUUAAAUGAGCAUAAGAGUGAAUAUAUUUAUAAUAGCACAGACAAAUUCAGUGGCGAAAGGGAAUUCAAAAAAAUGCUUGAAAAUACCAAAACGUUACAAAUAGGGGAUGUUAUACUUUCAAAACCGUACACUGUUAGUGAAAAAGUAAAAUUACUAGCCUUUUUAAUUAUGCCUUAUUUUUGGCAAGGAAAUAAUUAUGUAUCUUCCAACAAAUUAAGGUAUUCUUUUUCUAAUGCAUUAAAACAGUUAAAUCAGUUAUGCAUAUCUUCGGUUAUCUUGCCAGAUAUAGCUUCUGGUAUUUAUGGUUAUACUCCUACCAACUCUAGUAGCAUACUAUUAGAAGAAGCAGUCGAAUCAAUGCUACAGUUAAACAGUACUGUGCCAUUAUACAAUUUGAAUUCUAUAUCCUUUGUUGACAAGGAUAUAAAUACAUGUAAAACUUUUAGUGAGGCACUUGAAGAUGUGUCAAGAAAUUAUUUACCACAUAAAAAAGUUCUCCCAGCUCCGAAAUAUUGGAACAUAGUAAACAGAAGGUUACUAGAAAUUCCAUCCAAUGUUAUAUACUUUUGUAAAAGACAUAACAAAAUAUCUUUUAAAAAAUAUCAUGGUAUUAUUAGACGCAAAAUUCAAAAUUAUUAUAGUAAUAUUAGACCAUUUAAAUGGAGAGCAUCUAGGGUUAUUGAACCCAACCCUUUUCUCCUUUAUCAAAAUUCAGGGGAGGCCAGUUCUUAUCAAUAUUCACCCAAGCCUUACUAUUACAAGGGAGUAUCACAUACCCUUUACAAUAUUAACAAGAAGGGGUUGCUUAAUAUUCGCAUAGGAAGAAAGGGGAAACUUCAGGCUUUGAAAAAUGUGUCUAACAUUUCCCUUGAAACGAAGCCACGAUUGUAG